AUGACUUCAAAUGCUCCCAGCUCCCUUCAAAUAUCUGAAAUCGACUCGACUUUGACUGAUCACGACACGUCCGCAUCUGCACCCUCCCAUUCGACCCACAGCCCCGGAUCUCGAUUCAUUCAUCCUCGAAAACGCGAAAUGGACGAAAGAGAGGAGCUGGGCCAAGGGCCAUCAAACGCAAACGCGGCUAUCGGACAGUUCACCUUCGCCCCUACUACCAGAACUACGGUGGUGACCACCACCACAACCACGACCACCUCCUUCCCACCUUUGACAAUCAACCCCCCGCGAGCCGUCAAGGAUCUGGAUGCCCGACAGUACCCUCUCGCCUCAUCUCCCACUCCAGCGGCCUUAAGAAACCUCAAGUUCAAGAUUGGUGACAAGUCAAUCAUCUUCAACGAGCCCGAGGACACCACAAAUGCUGCUGCUGAGUACAAGGAGAAAAGCGAGGCGUUGAAAUCUUCAAAUGGCCAGAUUCGCUCCGUGAACUCGUUCAUGUCCGAGGGCGAGAACCCCACUCGGCGCCUGACCCCUCCGAGAAUAGCGAGUCAACCUUCUAGUCACCCUUUCAACACUCGCCGUCGUGCCGUCUCCCCCGUCACACUUUUCGAUCUUCGACCCUCGGUUGUUCUUCCACGAACUCGUCCGUCACGGGUUCCUUCUGAGCCCAUCACACGCCGCACUCGCCAAAGUGGCGUGGGAUCAACUCAUCUUGCCGCUGGCCUUGCCACUCCAGACACCGAAAGCAACCUGGGAGGACUUGGCGAAAAUGCGGCCCCAAGACCGAGAAUUCAUAGUUCAGUGUUUCCGCGCAGGGAACCCCCUUUGCCGUCACCUCUCUCCUCUGAAAUCGGAGCUAAAGGCUUGCAGGCAUCCAAUCAAAAUUCCUACUUGCAGAAUGCGUUGUCUGGGAUUCGUUCGAACCCUGCAACUCAAGAGUCUCAGGCCACUGAAGCGGAUGAGAGCUGUUCAACUGCACCUGAAUCGGCUUCAUUUGGUCAGGAUACAACAUAUGGAACCCAGGAAUCUACAUCCCAAGAAAGACCCGAGCUAAUGUCUCAACUAUCGGCAAUAGACAAUGCCAUGGCGCAAGAUAUGUGCCUCCCGAGCCCGAGUCUCUCACCGGUCGCUGCUAUGAAUGCCCUCCAUGGCGAAUCCUCCUUUGACUCAGAAGGACUUGACGUUGAUACGGAUUCCAGUCUAGAUCAUAAUGUCUCGCGUUUUUCCAGGGCUUUGCGGCUUCAGGAUGCAGAUGAGACUCGGGUAAAUGGCCAUUCUCUCGCAAACUCACGGUCACCUUCCUCGCUUUUAGAUAUGCCCAAGGUGUUGGAGUUCUUUGAUUCGGUGCCUGAUGAGGUCAAAACGUAUCUCAUGUAUCAAUUUCUUCGGAGAUGCCCUAAACCUACUCUCCAUUUCGUGGCCGAUGUGGUUAAUCCAACUUUGAAGUGCGAUUUCCUGGCUCUUCUGCCGCUCGAGCUCAGUCUCAACAUCGUCAAGUAUCUUGACGUUCAGACUAUGUGCCGUGCUGCGCAGGUGUCUAAGAGGUGGAGACACAUCACGAAUUCCGAUGAAAAGAGCUGGAAGAACCUCCUUGACCAGGAUGGAUAUCAUCUCUCAGACGGAGAACUAGAACGGGCUAUAAGACAGGGAUGGGGAUGGCAGUUGUCCAGCGGCCCUGAAGAUCACGAGGAAGAUCUCAGCGUUGUGGCUCUAUCCAGGGCGGAUAUGGAGGCGUCCCCUGUCCCUUCGAUGGCGGGUCCCAGCAGCAGAAGCCCUCUGGAGUCUCUGCCAAUCAACCGAAAAGGCAAGCGGAAAGCAAACACGCGUGCUUCAAGCCGGAAGCUUGCCAAGCGGAAGGUCUCAUCCAGUGGAGGAGAAAUCGCCGAUCCAGACUGGAGGAAAGACAUUGCCGCGUCCGAGGCCCCAUACGCCGCUGCCAACGCUGCAGCUGGGGCAGUGCCCUAUGCUGAAGUCGGUCUACCAUCUCUUCGUGGGCUGUUCCUCUUCAAGGUCCUCUACCGUCGCCAUGUUGCCAUCCACAAGGGAUGGAUGCAGCCGGAUGUCAAGCCGCAACAUAUCGCUUUCCGCGCUCAUGACCGCCAUGUUGUUACUUGCCUGCAAUUUGACGCCGACAAGGUUCUUACGGGAAGCGAUGACACCAACAUCAACGUGUACGACACCAAAACAGGUGCGUUGCAGGCAACAUUGGAGGGCCACGAAGGUGGAGUAUGGGCUCUUGAAUAUCAUGGCAACACGCUGGUCUCCGGCUCCACCGAUCGCUCAGUGCGAGUCUGGGACAUCGAGCGGGCUAGGUGUACUCAGAUCUUCCACGGCCACACCUCCACCGUCCGAUGCUUGCAAAUCGUCCUGCCUACCGAGGUAGGUAGAGAUGUAGAUGGUCAGCCUGAGAUCAUGCCUAAAGAGCCAUUGAUCAUUACUGGGUCUCGUGACUCGAACCUUCGGGUGUGGAAGCUUCCCAAAUCCGGUGAUCCAGUCUACUAUCAGAGUGGUCCUACAGUGGAUGACGCUAGCUGCCCAUACUUCAUGCGUGUGCUCUCCGGCCACCAGCACUCUGUUCGUGCAAUUGCAGCCCACGGUGAUACCCUUGUAAGUGGUAGCUACGAUUGCACUGUGAAGGUCUGGAAGAUUUCCACCGGACAGACUUUACACACUCUGCAGGGUCACACGAUGAAAGUGUAUAGCGUGGUUCUUGACCAUAAGCGCAAUCGUUGCAUCAGUGGAGCCAUGGACCACAUGGUCAAGGUGUGGUCACUAGACGAUGGAGCCGUCCUAUACAACCUCGAAGGCCAUACCUCCCUCGUUGGUCUGCUCGCUUUAGAGCACGAUUUCCUUGUCUCAGCCGCGGCUGAUUCCACUCUCCGAAUCUGGGACUCUGUCCACGGCCACUGCAAGAACACUUUGAGUGCACACACCGGUGCCAUCACCUGCUUCCAGCACGAUGGGCAGAAGGUCAUCUCCGGGUCCGAUCGCACGCUGAAGAUGUGGGAUGUGCGAAACGGCGAGUGUGUUCGAGACCUCCUCACAGACCUCAGUGGCGUGUGGCAGGUCAAGUUUAAUGACCGGAGAUGUGUUGCUGCGGUGCAACGUGACAGUUUGACUUAUAUCGAAGUUCUCGACUUCGGUGCUGCACGGGAUGGAGUCCCGGAAAGCAAGCUUGCGAAACGCAUUGUCGUCAACCGACGUGGACAGGAGGUCCUCGGCGGAAUUGAAGAUGAUGACGACUUGUCUGAUUGA